GGCUUGACAGCUUGCUUUUUUGCGUAUUGAAACAGGUUAGAAAGGAGACUGUUGCAACCCUCAGACCUUAAUUUUUUUCCAGAAUCAUUCAUCCUAGAUGGCAGUGUUGGAUUAUCUGUUGCACUGGAAAGUGAUAUUUUUGUUCCAACUUAUGAUGGAAACAUGGCUAAAGUUGUUGAAGGACAUCGCAGAUUUCUUGGGUUCAAGAAAACAUUUUUAUUGGAUAGAAGACUCGUUGUUGAUUUGAUAGACCAAUACACUAAUGGAACAUUGAGUUGGGAUGAGUUCUCGUUUGCUGUAAGGGAAGCUCAUGCUGAUCGCAUGGGAAGGCCAACUAAAAGGGUGAUGAUUCCAGACCGACCAAAGGAGGAAGAUUACUUCUAUGCCAACCCCCAGGAGUGUCUGCCAUCAUCAGAUGAACUUUGAGCAGCAUAUGAUCCUUCUGGCAUGGGUUCGGAGAUUGUUACAUUUAUUUGUGCUCUACGAUGCAGUUCUAGCACAGGUUAAGGGGGAUUAUAUGUAUAGCACACAACCCAAACAGAGUAAGAUUUUAAUAUUAUUGCAUUCCAAAACACUGGGAAACUGAGGAUCUGCGUCGGCAAAUGCAGCAGUAGCUGGAAGACAUCAGUAUUAUCACUCAUAAUCAAAUUCUUGUAUAGAAGGUACCCUGCCAUUACAGGGUGACAUCUAAAAAAUCUUCAUUAUACAGAGGGAUGAAAUAUAUAUAUAUAAUAUGUUCAUGCUUCAGAUAUCUUCUGUUUCAAUGAAAAAUUUAACAUCCUUUU